AUGAAGGACACUCUCCGAGACUCGUUCGUCGGUCAAAUCCUGCACGCCGCUUCAGGUGGCAAGAUCCUCCCUUACGCAGAGGAACGCCCUGGCUUCGAGGUGCCCGAGAAGUACAAGAAGCGAGACCCAAACGAGAAGAACCCCAAGCGCUUCCCCAAUGAGGACCCCGACGAGCACGGUCUGAGCGAGGCUGCGCGGAACGUCCGACGCGAACAUCUGCAGGAGAGGCGGUCAAGGGGGAGUGAGGAGACCGUCACUGGGUCUGGGUCCGGGGUGGACCGCGAGAACUCUGGUCAGGGCGAGGGAGGAGGGGAAGGAGAGGAGGACGAGGUCGAGAAGGCCAAGAAGGACGCGAUCAUUGUCGAUUGGUAUGGGGAUGAUGAUCCCGAGAACCCCCUGAACUGGAAGCUCUCCAAGAAGUGCGGUGUCACCGCCAUGAUCAUGCUCAUGACCUCCUCCGUCUACAUGGGCAGUUCCAUCUGGACACCCGGUAUCCAGGACGCCAUGCAGUACUUUGGUCUCGGACAAGUCACCGUCACCCUCGGCCUGUCCCUCUUCGUGGUCGGUUACGCCGUCGGUCCUCUCUUCCUCUCGCCCAUCACUGAGAUUCCGCACAUCGGACGUACCUUGCCCUACAUCGUCUGCCUCUUCCUCUUCACCGUCCUCCAGGUUCCCACCGCGCUGGUCACCAACUUUGCCGGCUUUGCGAUCCUCCGUUUCCUUGCUGGUUUCGUCGGAUCGCCGCCUCUUGCCACUGGAGGUGCCAGUAUCCAAGACAUGUACACCCCUCACAAGGUGCCCUACGCCAUGGGUCUCUGGGGUCUUUCGGCCGCCUCUGCGCCCGCCCUCGCCCCCAUCGUCGCAUCUUUCGCGGUUGAGGCUAAGGGAUGGCGAUGGGCAUUCUACGAGAUGCUCUGGCUCUCUGGUGGAUCGCUCGCCAUCUUGCUCUUCCUCUUGCCUGAGACGUCUGGCCCGACCAUCCUCCUCCGUCGCGCCCAGCGUCUGCGUAAGCUCACCGGAAACGACAAGAUCAAGUCCGAGUCCGAAGUCGAGACACAGCAUAUGUCGGUCAAUGAGAUCGCCAAGAUGUCGCUCCUCAAGCCAUUCACCAUGAUCUUCAAGGAGCCCAUCGUCCUCGCUAUCAACCUUUACAUUGGUCUCAUCUACGCUAUCCUGUACUCGUACUUCGAGUCGUUCCCCCUCGUUUACGGACCCACCGGGUACGGUUUCUCCCUGGGCGUCUCGACCCUGCCUUUCCUCGCUCUUCUUGUUGGCGCCUUGAUCAGUUACUCGGUCUACGCAGUAUGGAACCGAGUCUACUUUGAGCCCAAGUUCCACAAGCUCGAAGGCCGCGUCAAGCCCGAGAUGCGAUUGCCCAUGUCGAUGGUCGGCGCGUUCUGCUUCCCUAUUUGUCUCUUCUGGUUCGCAUGGACCUCGAACCGCACGCACUGGAUCUCGCCCGUCAUUGCCUCUGGCUUCUUCGGUCUUGGCACGACAUGGAUGUUCAUGCCCUUCUUGACAUACCUCCCCCACGCCUACCCUACCUCGGCCGCUUCCGUGCUGGCCUCGAAUGACUUUGUGCGGUCCAUGAUGGGUGCGGGUAUGCCCCUCGCCUCCGUCCCGCUCUUCCACAACAUCGGUAUCGCAUGGGGAAACACCAUGCUCGGAUGUUUGACCGUCCUCUUCAUUCCCAUCCCGUUCAUCCUUUACAAGAAGGGCGCAUGGCUUCGCGAGCGCAGUCCCAACGCGCUCAAGGACAAGCAGAUCGAGGAGCAAGAGGCGGAUCCCGCGGCUCAGCCGGAAAAGUUCAAGAACAAGAGCUAG